AUGGUCACGCCAGAAAUCAGGACGACGCUCCACAAGAACCUAUUCCGUCACCUGCUCGAGAGCGUCCCCAGUCCCGCCGUGCUUCUACCCUGCGAUCCCGGCACCAGUGUCGCCGAGGCGCUCAACCUGCUCGCCACCCAUGGCUGGAACCUCUCCCGCGCACAGAUCGAAGAGACGCGCGAAAUCGCGCUCGCUCGCAAAAAGGGCAAGCAGGCACAGCGUGCGCAGUCGCCUUGGUCCACCUCGAGCGCCUACGAUGACGUCGAAGACCCCGAUCUCUUGGGUCCAGAGUACUCGGAGUCCCGUAGAGGCAUGCCGUGCGGUCAUCUCUUUCAAAAAGGUGAGGCCAUCUACCGCUGCCGCGACUGCGGGCUCGACGAUACGUGCGUCCAGUGUGCCCCCUGUUUUCAAGCCUCGAUCCAUGCCAGGGACGACCACGACGUCGUAUUCAGCGUUUCCUCUUCCAGCGGAGGCUGCUGCGACUGCGGAGAUCCCGAGGCGUGGAAGCAGGACGUGUGCUGUCGCUAUCACUCGGAUUCCUCCUCCAACACAAAUACCUCCCUAGCCGACAUGGAGCUCGAGAGCGAAUCACAGGAGCGUGCGGAACGCGUACUCAACUCCUCCACGACUGCCGGCGGAUCGUCGAGCGGUGCGGAAGAAGCUGACGGUCUCGAUCAGAUCGACGCCGCCCUCGCAGCGCUGCCUGGACAAGUGCGCGAUCCUUUGCUUGACGUAGUCGCCGAGCUCGUCACGCUCAUCGUGACUGUCUUCGACCACGCACCCGAAUUCGAGGGAUCCGUUUCUCUCCACACAGCGGAUGCCGUAUCGCAGCUCCCGAGUCUCGAAGAAGGCCUCGUGGCGCAGCAGACCAGCCGCACACCGACCAAGCGCAAGAGCAGCACUUCGGGACCGCGCGACAGCGACGAGGAGAUGAGCGCAGUCGAAGUCGAAAACUUGGUUGGCGACAGCAUCGACGAGGACGACCAGGAUGAGAGCAACCACAGCGACCGUGCUUGGGGUUCCCGUGCUCGCAGAGGCAGUCGCUCGGAUCCCGAUAGCAAAUACAUUGGCGAAGGUAGCAGUUGGCGAUCGGCGCCGCACUCCCUCGAGACCCGGAGCAGCAGCACUUCCGACAACGUUGUGGCAGCUAGCGAGAUGCUCUCGUUCUCGGCGUCGCGGAAGAAAUCUGGCUUGGACGGCGCCAAGUCCCAGUCCGCUGGUAAUGCAGCCAGCACCAGUCGCCAGUAUGCCGUGAUCUUGUGGAACGACGAAAAGCACAGCUUCAGUCAAGUGAUCGACAUUGUGACCGACGCCACAGGUCGCUCCGAACACGAUGCGAAAGGAGUUGCAGAGCGUGUCGACAAGCACGGCCGAGAAAUCAUUGAGGUGGGACCGGAUCUGCGUCGACUGCACCAGAUUGCACGCGUGCUGCAUUCUAUUGAUCUCGCCGUCACCAUUCAGCCCGCUUUCGAUGUCUUUGCCGAAGAAGUGAUUCAGGUCGUGCUCAACUUUCUCAUGGACCUUUCCAACUGCAACCUGUAUCUGCCCUCGUCGCAAGAUGCCACAGCACCGCUUGCCUCAUCGUUCUCGCUCGGUUCCUGGCUCGGACAGCCACUCAAGCCGGAUGGCGCAGCGUUCAAGCAUAUUGUUGCGCGAAGCCUUUUGACUCCCUUCCAUCCCCUCAAGCCCAUCCAGGCGGGCUCGAUGAGCCCAGAAUUCUUCGAUCCUCGCCACCUCACUCACUACGAGGGUCUUCUUCUGUUGGACUGCAAAUUGUGGAAGUCGGCGCGGAUCGACAUCAAGGCGCUCCUCAUGUCGCUCAUCGCGCACCGAGAGAUCAAGAAGGAGGUGGCGUUGCGCUUUGCCAAGGUCUAUCCCAAGCUCGUCGAGACAUUCACAUUCAAGGACCGCGAACAGGAGUAUUCCAUCUGCUUCUUGACAGUCCAGCUCUUCAGUGUGCCUUCGAUCGCGACCAUGCUGGUCGACAAGGCGAGCUUCCUGUCCAAGCUGUUCCUCCUCCUACAGUCCAUCUUUGCGGGCUCGCUGGUCAACGAAAAGACGGAUCUCGUCCUACCACCGCCGACGCGUGCGCAGAGCCAGGCCAAUGUCCACCUCAUCUUCCUGCGCCAGUCCCGCAGCUACCACAUCUUUUACGACAUUCGAUACCUUUUGGCGUCCGAAGGCGUUCAGAAGCUCAUCGCCCAGGGUGGGCACGGCCACCUCGACUAUUUUCUCAUCUGCCUUUCGCUCUUUCAGGCGAUCCAUCCGUCGAAGCGCGCCGUCUCUGCCCACGUCGAAUUCGAGAGCGAGAUGUGGAUCCCCGUCUUCCACAUCAGCUCGCAUCUCGGCAAGGCGGCCAAGAUGUUUGGUGAAGCGUUUGCCCACGCUGCCCCAGAACAGCUCUUCGAAGCCAUCGUUGGUACGAUCCACGCCAUCUGCUGGAGCUCCUCCAAGUUGUCCCGCGAAGAUCCAGAUACGUACCCCGAGGUCGCCUUCCACGAUGCCAGCUACACCAUCGGAACCCAAGUUGGUACCAAGACGAUGCCCGUCAUCUCGUUCCCGGUCGAAUCGCAAUCCGUUAGCUUUCAUCAUCCCUUGCACUGGCUUUUCGCCGAGCUCAUCAGGCAGAUCCCCGUCGUUGGCCACGAGAAGCUACAGAGGUGGUCUGGCUCCGAACGCCUCGACGCCUUGCUCGGCGCCAAGCUGGAUGAGAACAAUCUGUUGAUCGCCAUCGACUAUCCCCUGCGCGUUUGCGUCAAACUUGCGCAGAUCCGUUGCAACAUGUGGGUGCGCAACGGCUUCGUGAUCCGCUCGCAAGCGCACCACUAUCGCGACAACUCCAUGCGUGGCAUCAUGUACGACCAGGAUCUGCUGCUCAUCCAAGCAGGCUUUGCCAUCCUCGACACAGACCGCUUCCUGCUCACGCUGCUCGAUCGAUUCAAUCUCCUGACAUGGUUCAAUCAGACAGACACUCCUGGCGACAGACCCUACGACGCAGUGCAGGGCGUCUUCCUGGCAGAGGAGCUCCUGUUCCUCAUCACCACGUGUCUGUCCGAGAUGUCCUCGGUAUGCGCAUGGCCCAUCGAGGCACAGAUCCGACGCGAAGUGAUCCACUUCCUCGCGCUUGGACAAGGCACAUUCACCGAUGUGACGAAGAACAUUCCCGAAAAGUUCACCGACCACGCUGCUUUCGAGCGGAUCCUGUCGCAGGUGUCGACCUUCCGCGCCCCGGACGGCACGCACGAUUUCGGCAUCUUUGAGCUCAAAGACGAGUGUUACGCCGAGAUCCGGCCCUUCUUCUACCAUUACACCCGCAACCAGCGCGAAAAGGUGGAAGAGGUCCUCCGUGAAAGGCAAAAGAAAGGUCUGGCCCGAAGCAGCGGACGUGCAGUCUCGGCCAUCAAGGACGAAGAGCUUCCACCGCUAGUGCCGGAACCGGCUCUUUACCAGCUGCGCGGCACCCUGUUCGGACGCCUGCUCGACGUCCUGUCGAAUGACAUCCUCGUCUCGUUGCUGUUCAAGGCGUUCGAUCAGACGCUCUCUCUACAUGCGUAUGCGCCGGACAUGCUCGUCGAUGCCGCGCUGCAGAUCAUCAUGAUCGGACUGGUCGAUGCGGCCGGCAGCUUUGCGGACAAAGCAGCCACACUGCUCUCUUCUCAGCUCCAAGAAGCUGACUCGCAGCAAGGCAGCCUCGGUGGCGAGCCUGCCAGGUCCGAGUCGACUCUGGUCGAAAUGCUUUGCCGCGCCGAGCUGCUCGACAAGUUCAAGCCGUUUAAGGCCAAGAUCACUUGGUGUCUGGAAAAGGUGGCAACCCACUCUGCCAAGGCGCGCAACGUCGUCGAGGCACAUUUCGCAGCCACAGGACGCGGUCCGGUCUCGACUGACGCGCGAAACUCGGUUUCGGGCAUUGCGCCGAAGAAGAGGACCGCCGAGGAAGCUCGACGAGCCGCCGCAAAAGCUCGCCAGGCUGCCAUCAUGCAAAAGUUUUCGGCACAGCAAAAGAGUCUGCUCGAUCAGCUCGGUGCCGACGAUGAAGACGACGACGACGAUGGCGAUGAGGGCGAGGUGGAUGCGGCGACGUCAUCGAUUGGAAUCGAUUCGAAAGCGCCCAAGAGAACGUGGGGAAGCUGCAUCCUGUGCCAAGAGAGCCUGGGAUCAAACAAGGCGUUCGGCAGCCUUGCUCACAUCCAACAAAGCAGGAUGAUGCGGAUGACUCCCAAGCAGGACGCACCAAGCUUGCAACAAGCUUUGGAAGCACCGCUCACUAUGGAUCGCAACAGCAGCAGCACAGGCAAACGAGUUCAAGGCACCACCCCGAUGGGUCGAGCCGGUCUUCCGUCGUCUGCAAAGUCAAGGCAAGGACCCGCCUACGGCAGCUUCCCGCAGGACGAUCAUCGAUUCGGCUUCUAUGCAUCGGCCUGUGGUCAUCUGAUGCAUCUGCAAUGCUUCGAGACCUACUGCCGAAGCGUCGAACAGCGUCACACGCAGCAGAUCGCCCGCAACCACCCUGAGGAUCUGCACCGCUCCGAAUUCAUCUGCCCGCUGUGUAAGAGCCUCGGCAACGUGAUCUUGCCUGUGGCCGACGUUGCUCCUGCGACGACCGCGGAAGGAGUGUUCCCGCCUUUCGGCUCAGUUGCGUCGGACGAAACGCCACUGCAGGACUGGAUUCGCAAGAUAAACAUCGACAUUCUGAAGCAUUCAUCCAAGACCAACGUCGCCGACUACCAGGAGACGGAUCACGGCAGCGGCGCCUUCCUGCCGUUUUUCGUCGACCAUUCACAGACUUCUCUGCAGAUGCGUCUCGAGAUGGCCAACAUCAAUCGCUCUACAGGACAGAUGAUCGAUCGAUUGAUGAAUGUGCUCAAGCCCAUGUCGCACGCCACAAAAGCGGUCAGGGAGAAGCUGCAGCAGCACACCAUCCUGGCUCCACAGGGAAGAAAAAUGUACAUUCCCGAAGAGCUCGUCGCAUACACGAUCGCGAUGCUCGAGGUCUCGCAGCGAGGCAUGACGCCUUCGCCUUCGACAGACUGCGACGUACCCGUGGAGCAGAGGUCGGUCGCCGACGCGCUCAACGAUUCGACCGUGGACCUUUUGAGGUCGUUGAUACACUGCCUACGUGUAUCGACAUUGACUUUCCACGAAGGGUCCAAGGGUCCCGACAUCAUUCGUCGAGGCCUUCUGAAGCGAUUGCUGCCGCACUGGGGUGGAGACGAUGCGGUUCGCUCGCCCCUGCUCCUUCGUGACCCCAUCUCGAUUCUCAUUGAAGCUGCCGUAGUGGCGCCGGACGCAUUGACGCAGUGCACGGCACUCAUGUACUACGUGUGUCUGGUGCAGACCGUCUUUGGUCUGGCACAGCCGUCGAUCUGGCCGCAGGUGUACGGCCACAUGGGCAACCUCUUUGGAUCAUCUUCGGCGCCUCGACCGGGCGCUGGUCUCAAGCCGGGCCACAUCAGCAAGGAGGACGUCGAAGAAGCCAGGCUCAUCUUCCCCGACGUGCGCUGGACCGUCGCCAACAUCAUCGGCUUUGUCGGCUACGCCAGGGGCAACAUCACGCUCGGAUUUGACAACUUGGACGACGACACGUUGGCCAAGAUGAUUUGCAGCUACACGCUGCCCUUCUUGCGUCGUGCUGCGAUCCUGCGACGCGUGCUGGGUGUGCCGACGGCUGACGAUGGAGCUGCAAGGCAAGGGGGCGAAGGAUCGCCAGGCGAGUACCGCAGGCUCCUCACGCAGCUGCACAUCCCGAUGCCUUCUGAGGCUUUGCCCGUGCGUGCAGAGAAGCAGACACCCAUGGCGAGCCUGGUGGAAGGCUGGAUCAAGCACGCGUACGUGCCACUGGCUUCGCUCUUCCGCCCGUUGCCAAUCCAGCCCGGACCGCUCGGCAGUUCGCACCUCGCGAUCCAAGGAUUCAACUCGAGUGUUCACGAUCGACCCUCGAGUGCUGCUGCUGCUAUGGCAGGCGUUGGAAGCGCAUCCGGAAGCGCAUCGCUGGCCAGUGGAACGCUCGGCCGUUCAUCUGCCGGAUUGCACUCGCUCACUUCGUCCUACCUCCAAGCAGCCGAAUCGCAUCCAACCUUGCUUCUGGAGCACCCGCACAUCUACGAGCUGGCCAAACUGCCCGCUGAUCUCGCCACCUUGCUGCAGGAUACACGUCGACGACCUUGCAAGAAGUGCGGCAACGUCCCACCCGAGCCCGCGCUGUGCUUGCUGUGCGGCGAUGUGGUCUGUCUGCAAUCCUUCUGCUGUCAGAGCGAAGACGAUGGCGAACGGGGAGAAUGCAACCAGCACAUGGAUACGUGCGGCGGUAGUGUCGGUGUGUACUUCAAGAUCAAGAGCAACCUCGUGCUGCUGCUGUACCAAGGGAACGGCACCUUCCACUUUUUGUCGCCGUAUCUCGACAGUCACGGCGAGAUCGAUGUUGGGCUCAGGAAGGGUCGACCGCAGAAGUUGCAUCAGCAGAGGUACGAUGAAUUGAGAAAGCAGAUCUGGGGCCAUGGUGUGGCGAACAUCGUGGCGAGGAAGAUCGAGGCUGCGAUGGAUCAGGGUGGUUGGCAGACAUUUUAG